GCCAGAUUAGGUAUUUUUGUUGUAUCAUUCCCUACUUUCACACAUUUUACAUAAUUCAAGAAUCAAACACACACACACACACACACAUAUAUAUAUAUAUAUAUAUUGUGUGUGUGUGAGAGAGAGAGAGAGAUGGGAAAGAGCAAAGUGCUGAUCAUAGGGGGAACAGGUUACCUGGGGAAGAGGCUGGUGAAGGCAAGUUUGGCUGAAGGGCACCAGACAUACGUUCUGAGUCGGCCUGAGGUUGGUUUGGACAUUGAGAAAGUGGAGAUGUUGGUGUCAUUCAAAAUGCUUGGAGCGCACCUCGUGCCCGGUUCUUUUACUGACUAUGCAAGCCUUGUCCAGGCUGUUAAGCUCGUCGACGUCGUCAUCUGCGCCAUCUCUGGCGUCCAUAUGCGUAGCUAUGGCAUUCUGCUUCAGCUCAGCCUUGUUCAGGCCAUCAAAGAGGCUGCAAAUGUUAAGCGAUUUUUGCCGUCGGAGUUUGGGACGGAUCCUGCGAGAGCUGCAAAGGCGACGGAACCAGGAAAGGUGACGUUCGAGGACAAAAUGGUGGUGAGAAAAGCCAUUGAGGAAGCUGGAAUUCCAUUCACCUAUGUCUCUGCCAACUGUUUCGCUGGGUAUUUUGUGGGGGGGCUUUGUCAGUUUGGUAAAAUCAUUCCUCCGACAGACUCCGUGCUCAUACAUGGAGAUGGCAACACAAAAGCAAUAUAUGUAGCUGAGGAUGAUAUAGCCACCUACACCAUCAAGACCAUAGAUGAUCCAAGAACACUCAACAAAACAUUAUACAUUAGGCCUCCCCUAAACAUUCUUUCACAAAGACAAGUUGUCCAGAUAUGGGAGAAGCUGAUUGGGAAGGAGCUCCACAAAACUACCAUCUCCAAGCAAGAUUUCUUGGCUUCCAUGAAAAGUCUUGAUUAUGCACAGCAAGUUGGGUUGUGCCACUACCAUGAUGUGCUGUAUGAGGGAUGCCUGACGAAUUUCGAAAUAGGAGAGGAUGGAGAAGAAGCAUCCACACUCUAUCCGCAAGUCAAGUAUACUACUGUGGAGGAGUUCCUCAAACAUUAUGUCUAAUGUAAUGAAUCUAUGAUUCGUUUAUGCCUCGUUCAUGUGUAUCUGAAUAUCUGCACUAAUAAAAUCCGACACUACUUAUGCA